GCAAGAAGUUGUAUCCAGCUGGACCCUCUGCCAUGGACAAUGUGGGGUUGGCUGAUGCUCUGGAGGAUCGAAGAAAUUGAGUUUUCACCGACUUGGCGUGGCCAAAGUUCACGGUGCUAUGACCAGUGUGCGGAUUAGAAUGAAGGACCCUGAGUAUCACGCUGCCUGUCGCCAGCCUCAGGAUUCAAAUUAUGGUGCCAAGUUUGUGGAGACACCAGCUGCAACGACAGCGCCUGCGUCAAAGUUUCCUGGAGUGUACUCAGUCCGAGCACAUCUUGGAGCAGCACUUCUUCAUGGGCCAGCCGAUCACUCACGAGGCAAAGGAUGAACUGGCAACCUUUGGGGAUUUGGUCGUGCUUUCAGUGCCUGAAGAAGACUUGGAGAUCAAAGAGCUUAUGGCAAGAAGACAGGCGGAAGCUCAAACUUCACUGGGCCACCAGGUCCUGGAGAGGCCUUCACCUGCAGUCCUAAGACUGCUUGGAAGUUUGGUUUGGCUUAAGGACCAGCGACCUGACCUGGAUCUCGUUAUCAAACUUGAGGACUCCAGCAACGUGCUGCCCAGAUUGCUGGAGCAGGUGUCAGGCGAUCUCCACAUGACAUUGCCGCUGAACCAAAUGUGGCUGGGUGCGAUUCAUGAUGAUUUCCCGCUCACAGUCCCUCCUGGAGAAGUGCAGGCCUGUGAGACGUGCGAUAUCCCCCUGGAAGCCGAACUUUUUUGUUUGGAGAUGAUUCGAGUCUCCAUGUCUGGCAUGGAUAUGGGUGGCUGCUUGCGGAUUGCAUCGGAGUGCUGCAGAGGCGACAGCGACUGCGGAGACUUGGAGCGUUGCACUGCGAUGGCGCGACAGCUCGGUAUGGAAACCGUUCUGUACCUCGGCACAGCUUUUGCUCCGCCUUUCCCGGAUCCAAUGGCAUGGGCAUUGGGACGUGGAUGUGUGGACUUUGUCACGGAGAACAUGGAAGAUUUGAAGAUGCGCAUGGAUGCACCUGAGCUUCUACUGGGCUUUUGGCUCGCCGGGCUUGAGGACAUGAAGAUCGAAGCUUUUGGACUUGGUGACCUUUGAGGCUCUCUUCAGUUUCAGUGGAAAGCUGUGACUCGGAGUUCUGUUGAUGCGCAAUGCGCAGUUGAUUCAUUGAGCGGACAUUUGCAAAGCUUCGAGAGGAAUUGCAGGCAUUGCGGGCAGACCUGAAGCUU